GGGAACGGCUGAGCUUGGCGCAAAGCCUGCCGGGGCAUGGAGUCCCGGCGAGCUUUGUGCGCAUGUGCGGGAAGCUGAGGGGCUUGGGGGGCCUCGCCCUGGAGAGUGAGGCACCACAGACAACCCUGAGGCCCCAUGGAGGCCCUGGUGCCACAGCCAGUGAAGCAGGAGGGCCCUGCCACCGAGGCCCUGACGCCAGACUCGCCCUGGCACCGCUUCCGCCACUUCCACCUGGGCGAUGCGCCCGGCCUGCGCGAGGCCCUGGGGCUGCUCCGCGCCCUGUGCCGCGAGUGGCUGCGCCCCGAGGUGCACACAAAGGAGCAGAUGCUGGAGUUGCUGGUGCUUGAGCAGUUCCUGAGCGCGCUGCCGGCUGACACCCAGGCCUGGGUGUGCAGCCGGCAGCCCCAGAGCGGCGAGGAGGCUGUGGCCCUGCUGGAGGAGCUCUGGGGCCCAGCCACUUCCCCAGACCAGCCGUCCGCAGUGAAGAUCCCCCGUGAGCUGGCAGAAGGCUCUGGGGCCAGUGCUGCGAAGGAGGAUAGUGGGGUGAUAACCCAAGGCCCUGUGGCUGAGCCCCCGGGUCCCGGUGAGACCCGCGCCGUGCGCCCCUACAAGCAGGAGCCAGGCAGCCCCCCGCCAGCCCCGCUGGCGCCUGGCCUGCCCGCCUUCCUGGCCCCAGGCGGCGUGGCAUGCCCUGAGUGUGGGAAGGCGCCCCUGAAGCCCGCGCACCUGCUGCGCCACCGGCAGAGUCACUCAGCCGAGAAGCCGCACGCGUGCCCGGAGUGCGGCAAGGCCUUCAGGCGGAAGGAGCACCUGCGGCGCCACCGCGGCACGCACCCCGGCGGGCCGGGGCCCGCGCUGCGUCCGCUGCCCGCGCGCGAGAAGCCGCACGCCUGCUGCGAGUGCGGGAAGACCUUCUACUGGCGCGAGCACCUGGUGCGGCACCGCAAGACGCACUCUGGCGCGCGGCCCUUUGCCUGCUGGGAGUGCGGGAAGGGCUUCGGGCGCCGCGAGCACGUGCUGCGCCACCAGCGCAUCCAUGGGCGCGCGGCCGCGGCGCAGGGGGCGGCGGUGGCGCCAGGCCCCGAGGGCGGCGGCGCCUUCCCGCCUUGGCCGCUGGGCUAGUCCGGCGCGCGCCUGGCCCGGCCCCCAGGCUC